AUGUCCGGCGAGGAUGACUGGUUAGUACAGGCAGCGGCUCGUGAAGCUCCUGACAUGCUUCAUCCAGCGCCUGACUCGUUCGAGGACUCGGAUCGAUUCGAAGGUGAUUCUGAGUGUUCUUGGGUUUCAAGUGAAAGCAUUACGCUAGCAAAAAAUUGGCGAGGAUGGUCGCAAUCCUCUGCAGGAGAGUCCCUACAGUCAGGGAUGCAGUCAUGUAUCUAUCCAUAUCAGAACAACUACUCUCACUCGGGUCGUUACUCGUCCUCAUCGAAUGCCGUCCCUCAACGCAGCGUUCUAGCUGAAAAAGGUUUAUACUGAGU